CAGUUAUCAAUGAUGGCGGAAUAUUGAUGACAUUAAACCAGAUAUUCUUACAAAUAUGACUAUUUCUUGAACAAGCUGGCAAAAUAAUAACUUUGUUGGACGUUUUUAAUCAUCUUCAUAGUAGUAGUUGUCGGUUUCACAAAAGCAAAGGGUUUAAAAUGUCGGAAAUGCGUGUUUUGCAUCAACGGAUAAACUCUGUCAUUAUGGACAUACUAGCCUCCGCUGCGGUUACAGAGAUUUGUAAGUUAGUAGAAGAUUGUUGUGGAGCAUUACGUGCAGAAGUCUCUCAGAGCAAAGAGCAAAUCAAAAUACUACAGAAGCAACUCAGCCUGGCUGAGUCGAGUUACGGGUCGGUGAGUUGCAAAGGUCAGACGCCUGUCAGCAGCGGCUCACCGAUAAAUAACAGUAUUUCGGGCAAUUCUCCCGCGGCCAAUGAAGAUGAUGCGGACGACACUCACGAUGACGAAGAUUUCCAGCAGUUCAUUGUCUAUGAAGAGGAGCUUUCCCCUGAGCAGCAGCAUUAUAAGCAGGAGUGGAGCCCCAGUCUGGGGAAAGAUGACUGGAACCCCAUACAGAUUAAAGAGGAACAGAAGGAAUUCAGUAUCAUCCAGGAGGAGGAAGACUCUGUAUUCACUCCUGCCUGGGUGAAAAGUGACUAUGAUCAGUACUCAACUCAGUCCUCACAAACCCAAAGUGAAAAAGACAUAAUGGACUCGACUGAACAGAUCAAAAGAGAACCUAAGGAAGAUGAUUCAUGGACAGAAAAAGGACAAAGCUCAAAGGGUAGAAAAUCCAUGGAUCCGAAAUCACCAGUGGAAAGGAGAGACACAGAAGUGCAACCAUUUUGCUGUAGUGAUUGUGGGGAACGUUUCACUCAGAUGGGAGAACUGGAUGCUCAUAGGAAGGCUCACACAGCAGAGAAACAGCAUCGCUGUGGUGAAUGUGGCAAAUGUUUUACUCAAGUUGGGUAUCUGAACUAUCACAGAAAGACGCACACAGGGGAGAAACCUCAUCGCUGUCAUGAUUGUGGCAAAUGUUUCUUUCGAGUUGGUGAUCUGACACUUCAUUUGAGGAUUCACACAGGGGAAAAACCGCUUUGCUGCCAGGUCUGUGGCAAAUGUUUUGCUCGUCCUAGUAAUCUGAGGUCUCACAUUAGAAUUCACACAGAGAAAUCUUACAGCUGUCAUUAUUGUGGCAAAUAUUUUCGUCAUAAAGGUAAUCUGACAGCGCAUAUGAGGAUUCACACAAGGGGAAGUAAUAUUGUCGCUAUAGUAGCAGAUCUUUCACCACUGGCGAUAAUCACAUGAGCGAUUUUUAAAGUAUAUUGCUGUCAGGAUUGUUGUAAAUGUUUCACUAAUUGUAUGUAGGAGACCGAGGUGAGGAACCACAUGCUACCAUGACUUAAUAUUUCAUAAUCUUAGGUCUUCUGAGAUCUCUUUUGUUCGAGGCAUGGUUCACAUCAGGCAAUGCUUCAUGUGAAUAGCAAACUCGCAUUUUGUGAGUUUUUAAAAAUGUAUUUCAGGGCAGCUCUAACCAACAUCUCAAAUCUCGUCUCAUUGAUUGGACGGCAGGUUAGUUGAGUCCUGACUCCAAUUAGAUUUUGGAGAAGUCAUUAGCCUAGUGGUUCACAUACUUUCCCCAACCUAUACCGUGAAUGUUUAGAAUAAUAUAUUCAAUAUAUAAAUAAAAAUACAAUUUGUGUUAUUAGUUUAA